GCACGUGAUUUUAACCGGAAUGAAGGGUCCUUGAUUCUUCGCGGGGCAGCGGGCGAACCCCUCCAAUCAUAGCCUCCAAUGUUGCUUCAAUUUACGGUUUAUGGCCCUCGUCCAGCAUGAGAAAAGCGAAGAAAGAAAAAGGUCGCGAAGCAGAAAUCGAAACCCCCAAUACCAAAAAAUAAUAGAGUAAAAGGAAGUUGCUGCGGACCUCUUCUCUUCUCUUCUCUUCUCUUCAGUUCAGUUUCUUCUUGCCUUUUUCCAUCGUCUUCUCAGAUCUUCAGAUCGGUCUUCCGUGGUUUAGGUUUUAGGAGACGCAGUAUCAGGCUUAAAUCCCAAACCUUGAAUCUUAUAUCUUGAUUUUGAGCCUUUCCUUUUUCUUUGGGAUGGCUGGGAGCUUGGACGAAGGAAGGAGAUGGGGAGCUGGCGCCGCAGCGAAGGGGAUGGAGAUCUGUAGUCUGUAGACAGACAGAAAGAGAGUUUUUUUCUUCUUCUGCAAAUUCAAGUGGUGUCGAUCGCAGUUAUUUUCUCCAUCUUGAAGGUUUGGGAUUGCUUGCCUGGAAACAGAUGCGGAUGCUUCCGUAGAAGUGCAAGGAAAAAAAAAAAAAAUCCACGCGGAGGUUUGCGGAUUGAGGAUUUUAUUCAGAUUUGAGAGAUGGAAGAGGUAGGUGCGCAAGUAGCUGCUCCUAUUUUCAUCCAUCACCAGCAGCUUCCGAGUCGAUUCUGCGAAGCCCCUCCCAUUCCCAUGGCGAGGAAGCGGGAUCUACCUUAUCAAACCUCCAAUUAUCAGCAAUAUCAGCAAAACCAGCGGUUUCAAAACCCUAGAGAUAAUUGGAACCCUAAGGUUUGGGAUUGGGACAGCGUAGGCUUUGUGGCAAAACCAAUUGAACCAAAUAUGCCGCGUCUAGGAUCGGGUUUGGGGUCCACUGCAGCUGAGCUGAAAAAUCAAAAUGAGAUUGAUUCCCAUAACCCCAACCUGUCUGUGUCCAAGGUCCCUGCUGAGGUCGAUGAAGAAAGCCUUAGGUUGAAGCUCGGGGGCUGCUUGAGCACUGGUGACCAGCCGCCAGUGUCCAGACCCAACAAGAGGGUCCGCUCUGGGUCACCUGGCACCGGCAGCUAUCCGAUGUGUCAGGUUGAUAAUUGCAAGGAAGAUCUGUCUAAUGCUAAGGACUAUCACCGACGGCAUAAGGUUUGUGAGGUUCACAGCAAAUCCACUAAAGCCCUUGUCUGCAAUCAGAUGCAGAGGUUCUGCCAGCAGUGCAGCAGGUUUCACCCUCUUUUAGAGUUUGAUGAGGGGAAGAGAAGUUGUAGGCGCAGACUUGCUGGGCAUAACAGGCGAAGGAGGAAGACACAGCCUGAGGAUGUUACCUCCCGUCUUUCACUUCCUGGAAACCGGGACAGUUCUGGCAGUGGAAGCAUGGAUAUUGUCAAUUUGUUAACAAUUUUGGCUCGUGCUCAAGGGAAUAAUAGGGAUAAGAAUGCCAAUUGCUCGUCAGUGCCCGAUAGAGACCAGCUCAUUCAGGUUAUUAGUAAGAUAAAUUCAUUACCCUUGCCAGCAAACCUUGCCGCAAAGCUGCCCGUCUCUGGAAUUUUAAGUCGCAAUCUUCCAGAACAAGCUUCUUUAGAGCAACAGAACAGAUUAGAUGGAAAUGCAUCAACUACAGACUUGCUUGCUGUUCUAUCAGCUACUCUGGCAACAUCUGCUCCUGAUGCCCUUGCAGUUUUAUCUCAAAGAUGCAGCCAGAGCAGUGACAGUGAAAAAAGUAAACCAAACGGCCUGGACAAUACUACAGGUUUCAACUUGCAAGAAAAAUCAACUCUAGAGUUCCCUUCAGUGGGGGCAGAGAGAAGUAGUUCCAGUUACCAGUCUUUAGUUGAAGAUUCUGAUUGUCAGGUUCAAGAGACUAGAACAAAUUUACCGUUGCAGCUCUUCAGUUCCUCACCUGAGGAUGACAGCCCUCCGAAAUUGGCAUCUGUUAGGAAGUACUUUUCUUCUGACAGCAGUAAUCCCAUGGAUGAGAGGUCCCCUCCUCCUUCUCCUCCUGUUGUGCAAAAAUUGUUCCCAAUGCGAACUUUGACAGAAACUGUGAAACCCGAGAGGAUUUCAGUCAGCAGAGAGGUUAAUGCAAAUAUUGAGGCUGCUAGAAGUCAUGGCUGUAGCAUGCCUCUUCAGCUCUUUAGAGAGCCAAAUAGAGGGGCAGACAAUGGUUCAUUUCAAAGCUCCCCGUACCAAGCAGGGUAUGCUUCUUCAUCUGGGUCUGAUCAUUCACCUUCUAGUUUGAAUUCUGAUGCUCAGGAUCGUACUGGAAGAAUAAUGUUUAAAUUAUUUGACAAGGAUCCCAGUCAUUUCCCUGUAACAUUACGGACACAGAUCUAUAAAUGGCUUUCUCACAGUCCAUCAGAAAUGGAGAGCUACAUUAGGCCUGGCUGUGUGGUUCUGUCAAUUUAUGUUUCCAUGUCAUCUGCUGCCUGGAAACAACUCGAAGAAAACCUUCUUCAACGUGUCAGUUCUUUGGUUCAAGACUCAAAUUCUGAUUUUUGGAGAAAUGGAAGGUUUUUAAUUCAUACGGGCAAGCAGCUUGCAUCUUUUAAUGAUGGGAAGAUUUGGAUAUGCAAAUCCUGGAGAACAUGGAAGAUGCCAGAGUUGAUCUCUGUGUCCCCUUUGGCAGUUGUUGAUGGGGAAGAGACUGCUUUGCUUUUAAGGGGUAGAAACCUGACUGCUCCUGGCACCAAGAUUCACUGCACAUAUAUGGGUGGAUAUAUGUCUAAGGAAGUUUCUGACUCAUCCCAUCAGGGAAGCAUAUAUGAUGAAAUAAACUAUGGCAGCUUCAAAAUUUGCAAUACAGCUCCUAGCACUGUAGGACGUUGUUUCAUUGAGGUUGAGAAUGGAUUUAAGGGCAACAGUUUUCCUGUAAUUGUAGCUAAUGCUACUAUAUGUCGAGAAUUGAGAAUCCUUGAAUCUGAAUUUGAUGAAGAUGAUAAAAUGUGUGAUGCCAAUGUGGAAGAUCAGAGUAAUGAUUUUGGGAGGCUGAGGUCAAGGGAGGAAGUAUUGCACUUUUUGAAUGAACUUGGAUGGCUAUUUCAAAGGAAUAGGUUCUCCUCUUUGGGGCUUGGUCCCGAUUAUAUGCUAACCCGGUUCAAAUUUCUGUUCACGUUCUCUGUUGAGAGGGACUGUUGUGCUCUGGUCAAAACACUCCUAGACAUGUUUGUAGAAAGAAACCUUUCUGAAGAUGGGUUAUCAAGGGAGGCUUUGGAUGUUCUGUCAGAGAUUCACCUCUUGAACAGGGCAGUAAAAAAGAGGUGUAUGAACAUGGUUGACCUUCUUACCCAUUAUUCUGUAUUCAACAGUAAUGAUUCCUCCAAGAAGUACAUUUUCUCCCCAAAUGAUGCUGGGCCUGGUGGCAUUACACCUCUACAUCUUGCUGCUUCCACGUCAGGAUCCGAUGACAUGGUUGAUGUUCUGACAAAUGACCCCCUGGAGGUUGGACUGCGCUGCUGGAAUUCCCUUCUGGAUGCAAAUGGGUUGUCCCCUUACUCGUAUGCUUUGAUGAGGAACAACCACUCGUAUAAUAGGCUGGUGGCUCGGAAGCUUGCAGACAAAAGAAAUGGGCAAGUCUCUGUUCCUAUAGGAAAUGAGAUCAGGCAACAAACACUAGAGCAGGAUCCAAGGUUAAUCCACCAAUUUAAAAUGGGGAGCAGCAGAUCUUGUGAAAGGUGUGCUGUUUUGGCAACAAAGUACAAUACAAAGAUUUCACGCUCUCAAAGCUUACUCCAGCGUCCCUACAUCCAUCCCAUGCUUGCCAUUGCUGCCGUGUGUGUAUGUGUUUGCUUGUUCUUGCGAGGUGGACCAAACGCAGGCCUAGAUGGUCACUUCAAGUGGGAGAGUUUGGGAUAUGGCUCGAUAUAGUUGGAAGGUUGGAAGGGAAGAUGUUGAAGGCUGUUUUGAAGAAAAAAAAUUGAAAAUGUAAGGAUGCCUUGAAUCUGGGUAUGAUUUUGGAUGCUAGUUUCUUUAUGGCGCAAUUUUCUCUUGUCUUAAGGAAAGUUGAUUUAAGAUUUAGGACGAAGCAAUAUGCGAAGUCUGGAAUCCAUUGGGGGAUGGGCAGUUGCGUCUGAUUCAGAGUGAAAAAAACCAAAAAAAAAAAAAAGAAAGAAAGAAAAAAUAACAAAAGAGAGGAUUGAGGAGGAUUUAAGCUGGCAGAUUUGCUCUGCUUGUUUCUUACUAACCCUGAGAUUUUUGAUGGUUUGGCUAGGAGCUAGUGCUUGUGGAGUUUUAAGCGGGAGGGAAUAGAAAGGGGAGGCAGAAGAUUUGUAGUUGCCAUUAUGUUAUGACGUGCGGAAUGUUUAUGAUGAAAUUGGAAACCGACCCCCUGGGGGGAGGAAGCCUAAGCAAUCGCAACUGUUCAGAAGUUCUUGUUUUGGUGGGUGCUGGUUUUGUGCAAUGAUUUGCUCGUUGAUAUAUAUAUAUUGAGGGUAAGUUGCUGAAGGCUAAAGAGAUAUUUGACUUUUGGAAUUGAUCGCAUCCCUGUAUAAAGUGAAUCAAUAGGUUAAGUCAGGAAUUAUAUGAUUAUAUUUAUCUAUAAAUAUAGAUUAUUGAAUGGUGUAAUAUAUGUUCUUCAAAGUAUUAUAUUUAAACUGAUUCUGUCAUUCCAUCCAAUAAA